AUGUCCGAUUUUAAGGGCUGGGCAUUACAGUAUGUCCUGGCAGAUGAUGAGGUCACACGACAGGAUGCCGUCACCAGAACAAACGUUGCUCUCAGUUCUGCCAGUGUCAGAAGCACUGCUAUCCUCGCCUGGGUCCAAUCCAUCGACCCAUGGAUGCCAGCCGCUCUGUCUUCCACAGGGGUCCCACAGGAUGACGAUGCAGUGGGCGAGUCCGAGUUCGAUGUCAUCGCUAGAGCCAAAGCUUUGGAUUAUCUUGCAGACACGCUGUCAAUAAUGGACAAAACGCUGCUUCGGGCUGAACAGGUAAACUUACUUGCCGUGUUCUUCGGUAGGCUGUUCACUGUCGAUCACAAGGCUGGUAUCCUAGCUGCUGCCAAGGCUCUGCGUCAGCUGGCGACGAUGAAAGGUUUCAAACCCGACAUGGGAGAAUCCGUCAUCCAAAGUGUCGCCGCUAUGCGAGAUGACUUCCGCCUACAGCCGCCCCAAACACGCUUGGAAGUAUAUGCGCUGUUGCAGGCCCUGAUCAGCCACGAGGAGGUCUCCAAUCAGCUUCAGCACACCUACGGGACUGCCGGUGGGUUCGCCCUCGAUCUCCUGCAGCUCUGUAACCACGAGAGAGACCCUAGCUGCCUCCUCCAGUGGUUUGGAAUUCUGCAGGGCCUACUCCGCAGCUUCAACUUUUCAUCCGACGUGGAUGAAGAGCUGUUCAAAUCCUUCUCCGCAUACUUCCCCAUAUCUAUGAGAAGCUCCGUGAACCCUGCCGGUGUCACAGUCGAUGAUCUCAAGCUCUCUCUCCGGACCUGCUUCUCUGCGAGUGAGAAAUUGGCCAAACUCUCCCUACCGUUUCUAAUUCAGAAGCUGGACCAAGGAGACGCAAUCACAGUCCCGGUGGACAUACUAAAAACACUGGAUUCGUGUCUUGAGCGAUACCAACACCCAUCUCGAGGCAUAGCACCCUUCGCCAACCAGAUUUGGAACUCCCUUAAAUAUGAGGUCCGCAACGGGGAAGUCCACGAGAUUCUCAACAGCACCCUUGGUGUCAUGCGGACGCUGUCAAGCAGACUCGCUACCAUGCCCUUGUCCACGCCUGCCGUGGUAGCUCAGGAUCAGGGGCCGCUCGAGAAAUUUACGACAACCGUUAUGGGCGACUGUCUCGAGGACCUCGCCAACCCUUCAUAUGCUAAACAGGCCGGCCUCCUCCUCGAGAGCGUGAUGGGGGCUCACGCGAAGUCACUUGCGCUGAUGCUUCCUAGUACCCUGGACGCUAUCGCUGCGAACCUUCGAGAUCCAAGGACGUCUGGACAUGCUCGAACGUGUCUCGGCUUCUUAGCCUCGCUUCUAGACUCGCGAGCCCGUCUAGUUCGCGCAUCUGCCCCUGGCGCGGACCAAUCCGGGUCAUUUCGUGAUCUUGGAGCGCUCGACUCGCUUGUGCUCGAACGUGUAUACGCCACUCUCACUCGUUCUUGGAAGGACAACAACGUCGAGAACCCCGAUACCGACCAUGUCGCGACGCUCAAGGAGACGGCUCGAGGUCUAGCUGCCCUGGCUUGCCAACCUGGAGCCCAGGCUGUUGCUAGCGCCUCCGUCCUACUGUGUAGCGACCGUGAGUGCGAUCAGAUAUGUGCCAUGAUAUCUGACCGCAUUGUGAACAUAUUCAACCUCGCAUCGUCGCCAGACACAGGACUCCGCAAGGAACUGGCAGACGUUGUUGUGGUUGCCCUCCGCGACAUCGUUGGUUUCUACCCCUCUGGUUACUCCACCAUGCUCCAGAGGGCUAUGCCCAGUAUCCAGGACAGACGUUGGGGAGACCGGCCAUCGCGCAGCUCCCUAGACAUGCUCAAAACGCUACUACUGAGGCUCUCAUAUAUUGGCUGCUCCAGUCUGCCCUCCUCCGGUCACCCCCUGCAACAUUUGCGCUCUUUUGUCUUGUCAACGCAGCAGCUCACCUUCUCGUAUCUUGACCAGAGGGUCCCAUUCGACAUUCCUACCAUCGCAGUAUCGGCCGUCUAUAACGCUCUAAUGCUCUUCAGGGACGCAUGUCACUGCAAAGGCUUCCUCGUACGACGUGGUAUGAUCACAGAUAGCUGGGCGCGGCUAACGGCUGGUUUCGAUUAUCCCUCUCCUGAGCUUCCCUUGACCACCAGUCAGCUGGCCCCCGAAUCUGGGUCCGAAUCAGGAAAUGAAACGGACCAGGCAGCCACCUCUGAUAUCUUCCGAGAGUAUCUUGAAUGCUCCCUGUCAGUGCUCAUUCAAUUUUAUCAUCGCGCCACCGCCUAUGUCGCCGAUCCAGCCCCCGGACCGCGGCUUAGCUUGGACUUCCGGAACGCGGAUAACAAUCCGAGCGCGGCAAUCGCUCACGAUAUUGACUUGCAGGACAUCUAUCUGCACCAACUCGCAGAUAUGGCGACUUUCGUAGUCCGUGAUAUUGAGCUAGAGGAACAACAGUCACUGCAGAUACCAGAGGAGGCGUUCAACCUUUUUGGAGCUGGCCACCCACCAACUACAUGGUUGAGUCCACACGACGACGGGCGCGCCAAUGUUCUAUCACUUGGUCUUCUAAGGGGCCUGCGCACGUUUCCUUCAUCCCAAACGCCGGAGCUUGAGGUGUUUGCGGAAAGAAUCCUUCAUGAUGUUACAACUGCCGAGGCCUUUCCGGAAAGAACGCAAAAGGUCCGAGACUGCAUUCUCACGGUCAUCGCGAACAAAUGGAUUCCGGGCUCGAGCGUGAGUGCCCCCGCGAGACAGGCAUGGAAGGCUGUUAUCUCCUCCCUCGAGUCAGCCGCCCAGGAGGCCAGCACCGGAAUGCGCCUGGAGCGCUACUUGAGGAUCCUAGCUGUGCUCGCAGGCGCUAUUGCAAGGAGAGACAAGGACAUUGAUCAACUUGCUACCCUUGUCUCGGCCCUCCCGGCAUCCUUUGGACAUGGGGAGUACAUGGCGCGGCGUCUAGAAGAUCUCGUGUCGUGCAAAGACCGACUAGAGCCCGAGAACCACGCCGUCAUCAAGCCUCUUUACAAGCAGUGGUUCUACGUGAGGUUUGCCAGCUCCAAACUGCAAUCUUCGUUCCCAAUCACCCAGGAGAAGCCCGAGGGUGAGGUCCAAGCGAUCGCGGUCAUCCGGAUCUUGAAACACAUGGACUUCUGCGUAUACGAGGAAGACAUUGAGACAGUCAUUCGCGUCGCAAUCGCCGGCGUCUCUUCCCUCCAUAACUACGGGGACAUCGAAGCCGCGCUAGACGUGCUUCGAGAGGUUCUCAAACACAGCCCAGGGACCAUGAAGGGUCAGAUUAAGGCAGUUGUAUCAGGGGCCAUCGAAGCACUGAAGUGUGGGCUGAAGCAGUCGCCUGGGCUGGUGGCGGGGCUGGAAAUUCCCGCCAGAUUUCGAAGGGAAGGAAGCCCUGCCCGCUGUCGGGACGCGGUUCUUCUGCUGCUCAAGGACCUGGCGCAGAGCUUCGACGAGGGACUUCUUGGGCAGUACUCGGCAAGCAUGUCUCGUGUAUUAGGAGAUGCAUGUGGCGAUCCUGUCCGAGAAGUCAGGCAGUCUGCUCUCGCUGCUCGGCGCAGCUGGGCAAGAAUAAGCCAGCACUAG